AUGAAAAAUAAUACGGGAUUUGUUGACCAAACCUUGAACGUUAAUGGUGUUCCAAUAUGGGCAUUAAUAUUCUACUUGUUAAGAAGUGGUUUAUAUAAUGAUGCUUUAGAAUUGGCAUCACAAAACAAAGAUCUCUUUAAUAAAUUUGACAAGAACUUCCCAAUUUAUAUAAAGAAAUAUGUCGAAAAUAAUUGUAUUAACCUACCAAUGGAAUUGAAUGAAAGGUUGAAUGCUGAAUUUAAUCAACAAUUUGCAUUUAUUAACGAUGACUUGAAGGGUAACUUUGAUCCGUUCAAAUAUUCCGUAUAUAAACUCAUUGGAAAAUGUGACUUAUCGAAGAAAAAAUUGCCUAAUGAAAUUAAUUUAAGUAUUGAGGAUUGGCUUUGGUUUCACUUAUCUAUAAUUAAUGAAUUCAGCUUUGAUUUGAAUUCGUCAAGCUUAAUUUUUGAAAAUUAUACGUUAGAGAACUUGCAAAAGAAAGUUAUUCAAUUAGGGCCUAAAAAGUUCAAUUCAUCCUCCAAUAACCCCUUAUAUUUAAAGACUUUAAUAAUGGUCGGAUUAUACGAAUUGGCGGUUGAAUAUACAUUUGAACUGAUAAAUGAGUGUGAUGCUGUUCACUUGGCAAUCGGAUUGUGCUAUUAUGGCUUAUUGAAAGUUUCAAGUUUCAAUAAUAAAGACGAAUUAAUUUUUAUAAACUCAUCAAAUGAAUAUGAAAUUAAUUUCAGCAGAUUAUUAGGUUCAUACACAAGGUUUUUCAAGAUCAGUGAUCCAAAGGUUGCUUGCCAAUAUCUCAUCUUAAUUGCGAUGUCAAAAGGUGGGGACUCAAAAGAAGAGAUUUCCAAAUGUCAUGAAGCAUUAAGAGAACUUAUUUUAAUUUCAAGAGAAUUCAACAUGUUAUUGGGCGAAUUAAACCAAAAUAAUGGGAACAAAAUACCUGGUAUUUUGGAAAAGCAAAGAUCUUUAAUUAAUUUAUCUAAUUUGGAACAAUUUCAAAAACAAAUCAUAGAAACAUCGGCUAUUAGAUGUGAAGAAGAAGGCAGAAUAUUUGAUGCAUUAUUAUUGUAUCAAUUAUGCCAAGAUUUCGAUACAGUUGUUUCAUUAAUCAACAAAUUGUUAGGCGAAACUUUAUCAACCACUGAAUUAGAUAAACCAUUAAUUAAUUACGGGAAUUACGAAAAUAUCAAUGGUGAAAUACAAUCAGAAAAUACUAUAGAUAAUAAUAUUAUUUUGUUAUCUCAGCAUAUUAUGAAACUUUUUUACAAUAAUAGUUUUAUUUUGGAUAGAAUCAGUCCUUCGAAAAAGGAGACUUGCGAUCUAUUAUUACCAAUUAUUCAUAUCCGAGACUUAUUUAUGAAUAAGAAUUGGAACGAUGUUAUAAUUGAAAUUAAUAAAUUGGGAUUGUUACCUGUUAAUAAAUCUAAUGGAUUAAUUGAAAUCAGAAAAAUGGCUGAAUUCAUUCAUAACACUUUGGAUGACAAUUUGAUCAAAGUUAUUCCAUCUUUAUUGAUAAUGGUUAUGACUUCUGUUUCACAAUUGAAUUAUUCUAUUUUAACAAAACGUUACCAAACAUCAAGUAAUGAAAGAGAAGAAUUGUCUAACUUAAAGGCCAUUGCGAAGAAUUGUAUGAUUUAUGCUGGUAUGGUACAAUACAAAAUGCCGAGAGAAACGUAUAGUUUACUUAUUUCGUUAGAAUCACUGUUGUAA